AUGGCACCCAACAAAAUCAUCAUCGAUACCGACCCCGGCGUCGACGAUGUUCUAGCAAUGCUUCUUGCGUUUUCGGCAAAAAGCGACGAACUCGAUGUUUUAGCGUUGAGUUUGACGUUUGGGAAUGUGGAGGUGCGGAAUUGCUUGAGGAAUGUGGUUACGCUUUUUCAGCAGAUUGAAAAGGAGAGAGUAUGGAGGAAGGAAAAUGGGAGACCAGAGGGGUUUGAGACGCUGAGUGCGAGGAAACCUAUUGUUGCUGUUGGGGCUGAAGAGCCGUUGGCUGAGCAUAUGAUGGUUGCGGACUUCUUUCAUGGCAUUGAUGGGCUUGGAGGGAUUCAUCAUAGUCACCCACAUCUCUCACCGGCUGAAACUUGGAAAACGCUUUUCAAACCUACGCCAGAGAACCUUUCACCAGAGGAAGCGGCAGAACUCCAAAAAGUCAAGGAGCAGCAUUCUCUUUUUACGCCGUCGCUUAAGCCUGCGCAUGAGGUUAUGCUAGACUUGCUUAGGGAGAAUGAACCAGAUACGGUUACCAUAGUAGCUAUGGGGCCAUUGACGAACCUUGCCGUUGCUGCAGCAGCGGAUCCAGAGGCGUUUCUCAGGGUCAAGGAGGUUGUUGUGAUGGGCGGUGCUAUAGAUGCACCUGGAAAUCGGCGGCCGCCUCCUCUACACCUCAUCUAUUCUCCUGCUACACUGUCAAUCCCAGUCCCUCCCUUCAACUUAAUCAAACAACCAAACACUCCAUUGCGCCUCUCACUAAACCUACGAAACCAGAUGACACCCGGCGCGGAAUUCAACACCUACGCCGACUCGGUAGCCAGCGCGCGCGUAUUCGCCCUCACGUCGCAAAACCCACACCUGACAAUGCCACCCACACUUUCCAGCACGCAAAAACAAGCCAAACUGGCCCCGUACCCAGCCAAACUAAGCAAGCGCCUAACCAUCAAGCUCUUCCCUCUCGACAUAACAGAGCAGCAUCUCCUCCCCAAAUCCAUGUACGAAGAUUACAUCUCACGCGAGGGCACAAAAGGCAGUCCGCUAUCCGAAUGGACACACCUCUUCCUCUCCCCAACCUUCACCAAAAACGCCUCGCUAAACCCCCAGCACCAAGACACUGCAAAGCAAAGUCUCCAACUCCACGACCCGCUAACAAUCUGGUACGCGCUCUCGGCCUCGAAUCCGAGUUGGAAAUUCAAAGAGGAAGACGUGCGUGUCGAGACGAGUGGGCAGUGGACGCGCGGUUGCACGGUGGUGGAUCGGCGGGGUCGCACGAUCACGGAGGGCACCGCGGAUUUGAGCGAGGAGGUUGCGGGGGAUGCGGGGGGUUGGAGGGAUUCCAGGCGUGGGAAUCGCGUCGCGUGGUGUACCAAGAGUCCUGGCGAGACCAAGUUUGCGAGGGUCAUUUUGCAUCGUGUUUGGGGCGAUGGCGAGCAGUGGUGA